GUACUCAUUGUGCGCGUUCUCAUUGUCGUGGCUCAUGCGAACGUCCAAGGUCCGGCUGAUGCCGAUCGCCGAUAAACGAUAUGCGUAUCUCCGUACGUGAGAUAAGCGCAGCUUCGACGGCGAUGCUAAAACUGGCGCGUGCGGCGAACGAUCGGUCGGACUAAAAGUGAUUACGUUGCAAAACAACGGCGGAGCGGCCGUAAGGACGCGGGGAGAGAGACCCCGGACGCGGGUGUCCGAGAAUCGCGCGACGCGAUUCUCCGAAAAGGCCGCGCGCGCGCGAAAUUUCGUCGUUCGCGCGGCGUGCGCGCUCCAGUUUCGUCCGUGUGGUCUGCAACGUGCACGAGGCCCGGAGAAAGGCUCGGUUGACGGCGAUUAGAUAAAAAAAUUCCAAUCGGGUUUCCUAUCCCGCACGGGGACUGCGUCUGAAUUCUCGAGGCGACAGGAGCGAGCAGCCGGAGUGCGCGGCGGAGCGAGGUGGAGUGCCCGCGUCCACGUUGUCUCGGUCGAGGGGAGAUUUCAACGCGCGUGUAACACGCGCUCGGAUUCGCCGGAUAUCGAUUCGCGCACCUGGAAAUGCCGGCGUUAGAGCUCUUCGGUCGAAAAUGGUUGGCCGCCACCGACGAUCUUGUGUAUCCCGGCCUAUUCGAAUUAUUUAUCCGUAUUGUAUGGUUGAUUCUUAUAGGGAUCGCCUGCGUAAGGUACUACGAGGAUACGUGGAAUUGUCAGUUGGGAGGUGAAUUAGUGCGCGUGUACCUCCUCGGCGAGGCGGUUAUGCUUGGUAUCGUCACGCUUUUGAUACUCAUCAUUAUCAGGCACAGCGCGAGAGGAGCCAUCAUGGACACGCAUGCCCGACGCUACGUCCAGCCGCUCCUGAUGGUUAAAAUAUUAAUGCUACUGCCGGAAAUUGGAUGGAACAUCCUGGGCACCUUGUGGAUUUUCGGGCAGAGCGUGGAUUGCAAUCACGAGACAUACUCCAUCACUGUCGUGGAGGCCCUAGUGUUUUUCGACUGGAUUCUGAUCGGCCUUAGUAUCUUCGGUCUCGCCCUGGUGUUCGACCCGAUCGGCUCCCUGGAGAAGAGGCAGCUGGAGAGCUCCGUGGAGCACGGCAAGAUCUCGCGCAUCUGGCUACGGAGAUUCAAGUUCCUAUGGUGGAUGCGCAAGGACGAGAGCGCGAACGAGACCUUUCAACAAGUUGCUGGUCUUUUGUCCGCUUUAUUUCGAGGCACGGAUUUGGUUCCCUCUGAUGUAAUGGCAGGAUGUAUUUUGCUAAGAAUCCGGCAGAAGCGAGAAACUCACGAAUUGCGAAACCUAAAUUUAAUUGCGCGUCCAAAAUAUACUUCAGACGGCAAUGAGAUAUUUUCGGACGCACCUAACUGGAUGUCCUUAGAAGCCGCCCAUCACUUUCUGCAGCUAUCGAUCGCUUCCUACGGCUGGCUUUUCGUUAUAUAUCAGCACACGUGUACCGGAUGUUUUCGUUUGAUACGUGGCAUGAGAUGUUGUGCUUGUUUCCGGCGAAAGCGUAACAUUAUUCUGGACGAUAACUGUUGCCUCUGUUAUCUCUCUGGUGUGAAAUAUUUGUCGAAGAUGUCUGAGGAGGAUAUCCUAUUCGCUUCCUUUAAGAAUCAUUUAUGUGAAAUACCAUUCUGCGUAAUAGCAGAUCACAAAACUGCUAGUAUCGUUGUGGCUAUACGAGGAUCGCUAUCCUUGCGGGAUAUAAUUACCGAUUUCGCGGCGGCGUCUGAAUCAUUCGAGUGUCCUGGCGUUCCACCAGGCAGCACGGCUCAUAAAGGCAUGACAAUAGGGGUAAAAGUAAUCCUAAAGCAAUUGGAGAAUCAUAAAGUUCUGGAAAGAGCGUUCGCUACGUAUCCUAAUUAUCAUCUGACGAUUACAGGUCACAGCUUAGGAGCCGGUUUAGCCAUUCUACUGGGUUUACUUAUACGUCCUCGUUAUCCAGAGUUGAGAGUCUACGCGUUCGCUACGCCUGCUGGUCUGCUCAGCAGAGAUGCUGCUAGGGUCACGGAGGAAUUCGUAUUGACUGUAGGAUUGGGGGAUGAUCUCGUAAUGAGGCUCAGUGUGGAUAGUAUAGAGAAUUUGAGGACGUCGUUAUUGACAACUCUUCAUGCCUGUCGAUUGCCUAAGUACAGAGUGGUUCUGAACGGAUUCGGAUACGCUUUGUUCGGAAUUCCCGAGAGAGAUCUGACUAAAACAUGGGCUAACUAUAACAUAAUUAAUACAAUUCCGGGCCAAUCGCCUUUGCUAACCAAGCCUAGCGAUGUGAAUAGUAAAAUAAUAGAGCGCGACAUAACAAAAAGGAGAUACUCGAGAAUGAAAUUAUUUAAUGCUGGUCGUAUACUUCACAUAACAAGAUGCAAGCUCGAAAAAACAGAGGGAAAGAGCAAAAAACAACUCGCAAAGGAGAGGAAAUACGAGAUGCGAUGGGCGCAAGCGGAGGAAUUUACGAAAUUCACAGUGAUGCCACGCAUGCUCCUGGAUCACUUGCCAGAAAACAUGGAGCGGGCUUUAGCUACGUUACUGAAGCAGCAGGACGAUAUACCAUAUUAUUUCGAUCCUUAGUGUAACCCAAAGAAGUGAUUUUAUAGUAUUAAUAAAAAGAACUUCCGCAAAA